AUGGAUCACAGUCGGUUACGUGCCGGUUUUAACGACGAGCUCGCGGUCGAUGAGGCGAUUGUGGCCGACACCGACUGGGGCGCCGGCGGACCACCCUCGGCAAAGAUUUAUCGGACCUCGAAAGCUUGUGCCCAAUGCCGCGGUCGCAAGCAGAAGUGCUCGGGGCCUGGCGGUGGCAGUAGCGCCGGCGCCUCGGCAUCGGCACCAGAGGACCAAGCCCGGCAACCCUGCCGGAGAUGCGCCCACUCGGGUGUUCAGUGCUCCUUCACCGCCGCGACCAAUGAGCAGGGUUUCAACGACUUGGAUGCCGCUAGCCGAAGCGCCCGCAAAGUUGAUCGGCUUCUAAAGCAGGUUAAUGAGCAGGCCAGCCGCAUCAGCCAGCUGGAGGCUACCGUGAGCAACCUCAGUGCUGCCGUCGCUGUCGUCUCUCAAGUGAACAGGACCCCAGAUUCCAGUCUCGAUGAUCUGCACGUCGCAAACCCGCCAGGCCCAUCGCCGCAGGGCACGAGGAGAUGGCACGAUGGGGCUAGCGUGACAGCGACAUCCCCCGUUUCCAAGCGAGCAAAGAUCCGCAAUGAUGAGAUAUGCGCCAACGGGCCUGCGAUAUUCCAAAAUCCUAGUCCCGGGCGCCGAAGCGGUGCUGACGGCUCUGUGGACUUCAGCACUCCCAUGUCCAUGCUCCGCCACUUGCGCCACGACAUCCACGACAUGACCGUGGAGAACGAGGCCUUGGAUCCGAUAAUCUGUGGCGUCAUGACGAUGGAGCAAGCCCAAGCAACCUUCGAUACCUUCUUCGAUCACUGUCACAGAUGGGCACCGGUGCUCUGCCCACAAACCCAGACCUCUGCGGCCAUCAUCCGGCGGUCCUGCCCUGCGCUAUUCAUAUCUGUCUGUUGUAUCGGAUACCGCUUCACCAGUACGUCUACAACCGAGACGCAACGUCGUUACAUGGCUCUCAUCUCACUCUUGGACCACUCCCUAAGCCGUCUUCUCUUGAAACCAAACUUAGCCGAUGUAAAUCUGGAUCAUAUUCGUGCAAUACUGCUAUAUAUACAAUGGAUGCCCGUCGACAAUAUUGGCAAUUCCAGUAGAUCUAUCAGGUACAACGCCAUCUCAGCAUGGAGCAUGCUGGGUCUGGCCAUUCGGUAUGCCCUUUUCCUCGGGUUACACCAAGACGCAGUGCUCCCUUUCAAAUCAGACAACAACGAACUCCCGACACUGGAAGAUGUCGGUCGACUACGUGUGUGGAUAAAUCUGCUUACCUGCGAUGCCGCCUUGACGCUUUCAAGCGGCCUCCCGGCGACGUUAAACCCGGAUCCGGUGGUGGCCGCUGCUGGCCGCUUUAGGUCAAACGACAACGCUGUUCAUCCCGACGACACGAGGAGUUCAGCGACAUGCGAACUUGUGUCUAUUCUUAAACGAGCCGCACGAAGAAGCGGAAGCCCCAAUGCCCGCUCACUAGAUGCCGACUGCUUGCGACAGGUCAAUUUGGAGUUAGACAUGUGGGAGACAGACUGGAAUCCCAUCAUCGGCGACCAAAUCGAGCACUACCAGAUGCCGUUUACGACUCUGCGAUCCUAUCGUCUUUCUAUCAACAGCGCAUGUCUAUCGCCACUCCUUCGGCCGUCGGGAGGCCAGGGCCAGAUAUCCAUCUACGUGCUCCAGGCGCUGGAGGUCAGUCUGCACACGGCGGCCUUGACUAUUUUCGCACUCGCAGAGCAAUCCAGACACCGGUCUUGGGGACAUUAUAAAAGUAUCGAUUCAUUGCCUAGGGGCAGAUACACUCCCGACAUUGAGGCAAUCAACCGCAUCAAAUACUCGGUGGACUCAACGUGGAUCUCCUACAGCUUCGCGACUAUGUUCCUCGUCUUAUGCUACAAGAAUGGAAUCAUCGAUGGAAACUUGAAGAUCUUGGCCUUAUGCUACUCCACCGCGGACGUGGUAACUUUUCCUCGGCGACAAGCGCCCUCUUCGCUUCUCUUCCGGUUGGUAUCAUUGGCGAUGCAGAUAUUUGACGUCGCAAGUACAAACCUCCUGGCACAUCUUGCCUUGGAUCAGAAAUUGCUCCUCUCUGGUGUUUUUGCCGUCGUUCUGGGAGAUUUGGACACGGAUGACGGAACUCCAUCCGAGAUGCCAGCCAUGGCGUCGUAUUCGGAUCGGGGGGUGGAGGCCCUCUUCGAUUCAAUGGUGAAUGGCAUGGAUUUGGGCUGCUGCGCUCAAGUUGAAUACCUUCCAACACUUGCUGGCAAUGCCGUCUAUGCCGCCAUCUUUGGUCUGCUCCUUGUUGCUCAGAUCGGGCUUGGCAUUCGAUACAUGACUUGGGGGUUCAUGGUCGGCAUGGUCUGCGGCCUUAUUCUUGAGGUUGUCGGUUACGCAGGCAGAAUCAUGCUUCACGAUAACCCGUUCGAUUUCAACAAUUUUAUCAUCUAUCUAGUCCCUCUGACAAUCGCUCCCGCUUUCCUUGCUGGCGCCCUCUACCUCUGCCUCUCCCGCAUAAUCAUCGUCCACGGCCAGCAGAUUUCCCGCUUCAGCCCGCGCACCUACGCAAUAACAUUCAUGACUAGCGACUUUAUUUCGCUCGUUCUACAAGGUGCCGGUGGUGGAAUUGCAGCCACGGCUGACGAUCACUCUGGGAGUGAGACAGGCAGGGCCAUCAUGGUCGCGGGAGUUGUAUUUCAAGUCGUCUCGUUGCUCACCUUCAUGCUGCUGUGGCUUGAAUUCGUGAUCCGGCUCCGCAAGACAGGCGAGGAAGUUAAGGAUGCACGCUUCAUUGACUUGAGGCGCACCAAGAAGUUCGUCUGGUUCCAAUACGCACUGGGCGUGGCUGUUGUCCUCGUUUUUAUCCGCUCGGUAUAUCGUGUUGCGGAACUCCAGCAAGGCUUUGACGGACCCAUUGCCAACGACGAAGUGUCGUUUAUGAUCUUGGAGGGACCGAUGAUCAUCCUGGCAGUUCUUGCAAUGACGAUUUUGAGCCCGGGUAUUGCGUUUGGUGGCAAGUGGAACAGUGCAACCUGGUCGAUCAAGCAGUCCAGAGAUGCUGCUUUUACCGCGAGCGGCUCGUCCAUGGAAGACAUACAGAAUCAUCCCGCUUGA